GUUGCGUCAGGCCCGUCGCCGUCCAGCGGGCGACAGCGCGAAAGCAGCAUCCGUUGCGCUAGACACUCCUGACGCGAUGGCGAGCGAAAGGGCAGACGAUAAGGAACUUUGCUAUCCCGCGUGGGAAAGGAGAGAAAGCGACGGGGAGGGUUUGGCUGUAACUCAGAACACCCAGAACGAAGCCGACGCGGCGCGGCUACUGCCAACGCGAGAACGCAGACGUUUAAAGCAGUCCGCGUCGCAGGCUUCGUACUUUGCAUCAUGUCAACUCAAGAUGUCGACCUGUCCAUGCCAACGAGGGAUCAUCUCUGCGGCGUCGGUCAGUUUCGACCCCGCUUGCUUCAGGUGUUCGCCAAACCGCAAGUAUUCACUCUCGUCUACAGCGUCGCUCUCAUCCUCCAGAACGCUCAGUUCUACUACUUCUUCGCCAUCAUGUCCACUCUGCAACGCCGCUACGGCCUCUCCAGCUGGUCCGUCGCUGUCAUCCUGUUCGCCGAUAGUGCCAGUCCGUUCUUCAUCAGCUUCGCUGUGGGCCACUACUCGAGGACGGUCUCCAAACCGCUGUUGCUCUUCUGGGGAGUGCUGUCUCUGACGGCCAGCUGUUGCGUUAGCAUUGUGCCUUACGUCAUCUACGGCCCAGGACUCGCUGAAGCAAGCAGUUACGGUGGUGGUUCUGAUGGGAUGUCGCAGGACCUUUGCCAGCCCACGGCGGUUACGCCGUCGAGCUGCGAUUCCUGGAUGUCUGACUCGAUGGUUGUUUCUGGAGUGUUGUUUGCGGCCAACUGCUUCUACGGUGCCGCAUACAGUGUCUUGUACAUCGCCGGAAGCACGUACGUCGAUGACAGUGUGAAGAAAAAGAAUUCGCCGCUUCAUUUCGCCUUCGUCGCCAUCUUGAAACUGGUCGGCCCUACCCUGGGCUACUCUCUGGGCUCACUGUGUCUCCAGUAUUACGAAGAUCCUCGAUACGACCCUGGAGUGCAGAAGACAGAUCCCCGAUGGGUCGGCGCCUGGUGGCUGGGCUACGCACUUCUGGCGGUGUGCUUAACCGCCAUCGCCGUGCCCGUGCUCCUUUUUCCCAAGCAUCUGUCUCCCCCAGGUGCCAGGGACCCUUCGAAGGCACCGACAGGAUCAUCCGAGCAAAAGCCUGCUGAGACAUCGGCGACCAGAAUUCCAGAGCAGAGUUUCUGGAGAGCGCUUCGUUCCCUGUUCCACAACCCGGUGUAUAAGUACCGGCUGGUCUACUGGCUGCUCGCCAGCAACGCCACCCUGGGUCACGGAAUGAUGAGCUCCAAGUACAUCGAAGUCCAGUUCAGGACGUCCGCCUCUCGGGCCAGCUUCAUCAUCGGACCCAUGCUGCUCGUGACCAACGUCCUGGGUCUGGGCAUCGGAGGCCUGGCUCUAAACGCGUUUCGACCGCGAGCCCGCGUUUUGACCUCGUACACGACGUUCUGCGACGUUCUCAAGCUGACCUGCCUGGUGCUCUGCAUGUUCAUCGGCUGCCAGGGCAUCAACCUCGUCGGCCUCACGGCGAUGUCCCAGGACGGACGGCCACCACUGGAGACCGCGUGCAGCACAGGCUGCAACUGUACGACGAGGGCAUUCCAACCAAUCUGCGAUCCGGCUAACAACUCGAUCCACUUCUCGCCCUGCUUUGCAGGCUGCAGGACACUACAGAAUAAAACUGGUUCCAUGAGCCUGGAGGACUGUUCUUGCCUGGAUGGCGCCGAGAGGGAAGCAGUCUCGGAACUUCCUUACCUGGGCCUCUGCAACGAACAGUGCCAAAACGUCCUCUUUUUCAUCGUCCUGACGUCGCUGAUGGGCUUCAUCACCCGGACCACCACCGUGGGACACACCAUCGUGGGGCUGAGGACUGUGGCUCGCCAUGAAAAGGCCAUGGCGCUGGGAGUUCAAGAGGGCCUUUCGAGCAUCUUCACCUACAUCCCGUACCCCAUCUUGUACGGCGCCAUCUUCGACUGGUCCUGCCUGGUGUGGGAGGACAAGUGCGGUCAGCCGGGAGUGUGUUGGAUCUACGACACCGAGAAGUUGCGCUACGCCUACCACGGACUGUCUUCGGGCAUCCUCUUGCUGGCUGUUGUCUUCGAGGUGAUGAUGGUCUACCACAGUGUUCGGCUGCGGGACUUCUACGAUGACGCAACGCCGAGCGGCCUGUGGGAAAGACAGCGGCAGCAGCCGCCACCUCCCGCAACGAAGGAUGAGACUGCUAGAAUGCUCGCUGCAGAAGACACUGUCAGCCUAGAAAAGGCCGCCUGCUCAACAAUCCCUUUACAUUCUCAAGCAGUGGUAUAUUCAUCCGGAUAGGGUCACUAAAUGAGCCACGCUUCAGGGUACUUUGCCUGGAACGCGUCUCCGACUGGCGUGUUUACCGCGUCCAAAAAAGUGACCCCUCGGUGUCCGCCUGAGGACGUCAAAAAAGUAUCAUGCUUUCGACGGCCCUGAUCUUGGCGGUAUCACAGCAGCAGUGGUGGAUGUGGCAGGCGCCUGUACUGCUGCAGGUCGCUCCCCAGCUUGACAGUCCACGGAAGUUUCAGAAGCCAGGAGUUGGGACACCGCGACGACAGUGUCACACGCGUUCCCUCGUGCGUUUUUGAUGUCUUUGCAUUAGAACGCUCGUUUUGACGAAAACCCGGCGGUGUCUUUCGUUUGUCAGCGCCGGGGAGAGAGGGACAAGGGGAGGGAGAGAGUGACGCGUGCGACAUUCCCAUUGUUCCGAUGCGCUGACGUCAGCGCGCGUCAACCUCUCCCUCUCUCCCCGGCGCUGACGAACUGACAGACACCGCCGGGUUUUCGUCAAAACGAGCCCUUUCGAUUUCGUAAGAGGAGUGUCGCGCUGGUGGCGCUGAGC